AAGAACCAGAAGAGGUUUUCUCUUCCGGUGCUCUCCCUCCGGCGAGACAACGGAGAACCCGCCUUUGCGGGAGCAGUUCCGGCGAAAGGAAUGGCAACUGUUUGCCUGCAAUGUGGGGACAAGGGCUUCGAUGUUGCUUUGAUCUAUUGUGUGGACUGUCAAAGUUAUGCUAUUCACCGCUAUUGCCUAGAAACCUUGCCUAAAAAUUUCGAUGAAUGUGUUGAAUGGUUUUGCGACGAUUGUCAACCCAAGCUCGGAAAGCCCAAAGCCAACGAGGAAAGUUGCUCUCCCCUGUCUGAAUUGGAUGACUUGCCAAACUUAAGGAUUGCAGAAUCAGUCCAAUGUUCAAAGAAUUCUAAUGAGUAUAUCCCUCCAGAAAAAUUGGGGAAGAAGAAGAAUAAGAAGAGGAAGAAGAGGGAGAAGAAUGAGCUCAAGCCCCAAAGGGAAAAAGAUGAGGAAAGAGGACAGUUAGGUGAUAAUGGCAUGGAAAGAUUGGGAAAGAAGAAGAAGGGAAAGAAGAGUAAGCUCAAGCCCCAAAGGGAAAAAGAUGAGGAAGGAGGACAGAUGGGCGAGAAGGGCAGUGGAACUACUUCGGGGCCACAAGUCAAAAAGACCAAAGAUAUACCUCUUAGUCAAGUUUCUGAAACUCGGUGCAGCAGAAACUAUGGAUAUAUGACAUUCCGCGAUUGUGAAUCUGUGAGAAGAGCUUGUGAAAAUCCCAGCUCAGUUAUUGAUGGCAGAAUGGCUCCCUGCAAUUUGGCUUCUCUCGGCCAGCCUCGGCCACCUCUUCCUUACGGGCAACUGAGACCUGUAACACCUCUGAUUGGAAGUGUGCAGGCUCCCAGGGCGAGUUACGUUGGGAAUCCUGUCUACCAGCAUCCGAGUUCUUAUGGUUAUCAGCCUGGAUAUGUCUAUCCUCCUUAUGGCUUCUGCCCUACAUAUUGGCCUAACUAUGUGCAUCCACAGCAUUACCUGCAAAGAUAUUGGGCACCAUCUGCAGAUAGAAGCGACAUACGCGCAUUUGGGCAGUCAGGUCAUCGACCUCCUGGUAAUCAUGGGCAUCCGAUGUUUCUUGGUUAUCGGAUGCCAGGUCAGCAUACUAUGCAACUUGGGGGGCCAAAUAUGACUGGAGGGACGACUGCUGCAGUUCCCACCAUUCGAGUGCCUUACCCUGCUGGGGAAUUCAGCAAACAAUGGGUUGAUUACGUUGGAGGGUCGUGGCGCAUGUGUCCCCCUUCACGUAGAGCUUGAAAGACAGUAUAGCUAACUUUUGAAUAACUUCCACUUUCUGCAGAGUUACGGGUAAUAUCAGUAUGCAUCUUUUCAUGCAUUAGAGCUACUAAGUGAUUCCCAGUUCCAGUGCCUAUCCAUGAUCCAUGAUAUGAUUCCCCAUUGCAGUGUUCAACUUGAAUUGAUUCAACAAUGAGAAUGAUACAAAUAUGCAAUCCAUCUCUCUAGGAAUUUCUUAACUUGUUUCAUAAAAAUUUAUUUGGGAUGGCGAUGAAGGGAUUGACU